AUGUUUAGUGCUGGAAGUAAUGGAGCCCAAGCUUCAACUCCAACUCUAAAUCCAGCAUUUGGACAUUCACCUUAUGGCAUUAGUGGAACUUGGGAAGAGCUGCAGCAGGUUUUGAAACAUAAACUUGACCUUGGGGGACAACGGGAAGGAAGCAGAGCAACUCCUUAUGCACCGGAAACUGAAUCAGAUACACAACAUCCUGGCAAGCUUGUGUCCAUAUCUGCUAUGAAAUCUUAUAAAAACAAAAACCAUGAAGAACUGAGAUGGGAAGACCAUCAAUUGGGUGAUAAGGGUGGACCUUGGCCAGCUAGUCAAUCACCAGGUACUGUUAGUUUUUGUGGCACCACUCCACAAGAAAACCUUUUUGCUGCAACAUCCUCAAGUCCUUUUGUUACUAAUACUCCUGGUUUGGAUGCUGGAUUUGGAUCAUCACCCUUUGUAGCUCAAGCUUCAGCUUCAACUCCAACUCCCUUUGGUGCAUCAAGCACUGCAGCAUUUGGGGCAAAAAUUUCUCCAGCUUUAGGUGUCUCGAGCACCACUGCUUUUAGUGUUUCCAGUACUCCAUCCUUCAGCUUUGGGUCCAGUCCAGCAUUUGGCAAACCAGUUUCUGCAUUUGGUGGCAGUCCCAAUCCAUUUGGCACUUCAACAACACCUUUUGGAUCUCAAAGCUCUCCAUUUGAAACUCAAGCUACAAGUCCAAAUCCAACAUUUGGAAGCACACCCUUUGGGAAGCAGCCUGAUUUUGAGGGUCAGCUGGGAGGAAGCAAAGUAACUCCUUAUGCACCAUCAAUUGAUAUUGAUUUAGAAAUUCCUGGUCAUUUUGUGUCCAUAUCUGCUAUGUCAUUUUACAAGGACAAAAGCCAUGAAGAGUUGAGAUGGGAGGACUAUCAAUUGGGUGACAAGGAAACUCAAGCUACAAGUCCAAAUUCAACAUUGGGAAGCACACCCUUUGGGAAGCAGCCUGAUUUUGAGGGUCAGCUGGGAGGAAGCAAAGUAACUCCUUAUGCACCAUCAAUUGAUAUUGAUUCAGAAAUUCCUGGUCAUUUUGUGUCCAUAUCUGCUAUGUCAUUUUACAAGGACAAAAGCCAUGAAGAGUUGAGAUGGGAGGACUAUCAAUUGGGUGACAAGGAAAGUCAAGCUACAACUCAAAAUCCAACAUUUGGAAGCACACCCUUUGUGAAGCAGCCUGGUUUUGAAGGUCAGCUGGGAGGAAGCAAAGUAACUCCUUAUGCACCAUCAAUUGAUAUUGAUUCAGAAAUUCCUGGUCAUUUUGUUUCCUUAUCUGCUAUGUCAUUUUACAAGGACAAAAGCCAUGAAGAGUUGAGAUGGGAGGACUAUCAAUUGAGUGACAAGGGCAAGCCUUUGCCAUCUAGUCAAUCAUCAAGUAGUUCUAGUUUUGGUGGCACCACUCCACAAGGAAACCCUUUUACUGCAACAUUCUCAUUUGGUCAAGCUUCCUCGAGUCCUUUUACAUCAACUACAGUUUCUAACCCAUUUGCUCCAAAGACUCCGGCUUUUGGUGUCUCUAGCACCCCUGCUUUUGGUGUUUCCAGUACUCCAUCCUUCAGCUUUGGGUCCAGUCCAGCAUUUGGCCAACCAAUUUCUGCAUUUGGUUUAAGCCCCAAUCCAUUUGGCACUUCAACAACACCUUUUGGAUGUCAAAGCUCUCCAUUUGAAACUCAAGCUCCAACUCCAACUCCAACUCCAACAUUGGGAAGCACACCCUUUGGGAAGCAGCCUGGUUUUGAGGGUCAGCUGGGAGGAAGCAAAGUAACUCCUUAUGCACCAUCAAUUGAUAUUGAUUCAGAAAUUCCUGGUCAUUUUGUGUCCAUAUCUGCUAUGUCAUUUUACAAAGACAAAAGCCAUGAAGAGUUGAGAUGGGAGGACUAUCAAUUGGGUGACAAGGAAACUCAAGCUCCAACUCCAACAUUGGGAAGCACACCCUUUGGGAAGCAGCCUGGUUUUGAGGGUCAGCUGGGAGGAAGCAAAGUAACUCCUUAUGAAUCAUCAAUUGAUAUUGAUUCAGAAAUUCCUGGUCAUUUUGUUUCCAUAUCUGCUAUGUCAUUUUACAAGGACAAAAGCCAUGAAGAGUUGAGAUGGGAGGACUAUCAAUUGAGUGACAAGGGUAAGUCUUUGUCAUCUAGGCAAUCAUCAAGUACUUAUAGUUUUGGUGGCACCACUCCACAAGGAAACCCUUUUACUGCAACAUUCUCAUUUGGUCAAGCUUCCUCGAGUUCUUUUACAUCAAAUGCAGUUUCCAACCCAAUUGCUCCAAAGACUCCUGGUUUUGGUGAUGAAUUUAAUUUGAGUUUGCAGUUUCAGCUAUUAAUGCUUGAUUAA